UAGCGUCUCCCUUCCACAACAAGACUUCAUCCUUGGAGCGGCUGGGGGAGGAAGAUGAUGAGGACGAGGAUGAUGACUUGGACAUCUUUGGAGGUUAUGACAGCUUCCGGGGCUACAACAGCAGCAUGGGCAGUGACAGCAGCUCGUGCCUGGAUGAGUCUAGUGAUGAUGAGGUGGUGGACCGGGAAGUUGGAGAGCUUCCUACCUCCCCUCUGCACCAGCACCCACCCUCCACAGGCCGAAUGACGGAGGACAGUGGCGCUGAGCCAGCCGUGUGCGAGAUGUGUGGCAUUGUGGGCACCAGGGAGGCUUUCUUCUCCAAGACCAAACGCUUCUGCAGCGUCUCCUGCUCCAGAAGCUACUCUUCAAACUCCAAGAAGGCCAGCAUCCUGGCCAGGCUGCAGGGGAAGCCACCAACGAAGAAAGCUAAAGUCCUGCACAAGGCGGCCUGGUCUGCCAAGAUUGGGGCCUUCCUGCAUUCUCAGGGCACGGGGCAGCUAGCAGAUGGGACGUUAACGGGCCAGGAUGCACUCGUCCUGGGCUUUGACUGGGGAAAGUACCUGCAGGAACAUGGCUUCAAGGCAGCUCCCGUCAGCUGCUUCAAACAUGUGCCACUCUUUGAUCAGUGGGAUGACGUGGUGAAAGGUAUGAAAGUGGAAGUGCUGAACAGUGACGCCGUGCUCCCCAGCCGAGUGUACUGGAUUGCCUCUGUCAUCCAGACUGCAGGAUACAGGGCCCUUCUGCGAUACGAGGGCUUUGAGAACGAUGCGGGCCACGAUUUCUGGUGCAAUUUGGGCACAGUGGAUAUUCAUCCCAUUGGCUGGUGCGCCAUCAACAGCAAAAUCCUGGUGCCACCACAGAGUAUCCAUGCCAAGUACACAGAUUGGAGAGGUUACCUCAUGAAAAAGCUGGUUGGAGCCAGGACCAUCCCUGUGGAUUUCCAUAUCAAGAUGGCGGAGAGCAUGAAAUACUCGUUCCGGCAAGGCAUGCGGGUGGAGGUGGUGGACAAGAACCACGUGUCCCGGACUCGCAUGGCUGUGGUGGACACGGUGAUUGGGGGCCGGCUGAGGCUCCUCUAUGAGGACGGUGACAGCGAUGAUGACUUCUGGUGCCACAUGUGGAGCCCUCUCAUCCAUCCUGUGGGCUGGUCACGGAGGGUGGGCCACAGCAUGAAGAAGGCAGAGGAAAAGCGCAGCGACAUGGCCAACCAUCCCACCUUCCGCAAGAUUUACUGCGAUGCCGUCCCCUACCUCUUCAAAAAGGUACGGGCUGUCUAUGCCGAAGGCGGCUGGUUUGAGGAAGGCAUGAAGCUCGAGGCCAUUGACCCCCUCAAUCUGGGCAACAUUUGUGUGGCCACUGUCCGUAAGGUUCUCUUGGAUGGGUAUCUCAUGAUCAGCAUUGAUGGAGCCACAUCUGCAGAUGGCUCUGACUGGUUCUGCUACCAUGCCUCUUCGCAUGCCAUCUUCCCUGUCAACUUCUGCCGGAAGAACAGCAUUGACCUGACCCCUCCAAAAGGGCAAGAUGCAAAGACUUUCAAAUGGGAAAGCUACCUGGAAAGGACAAAGUCAAAACCUGCUCCAGCCCGGCUCUUCAACACGGAUUGCCCGAACCACGGCUUCAAGGCAGGCAUGAAAGUGGAGGCAGUGGACUUGAUGGAGCCGCGGCUCAUCUGCGUGGCCACGGUGAAGCGCGUGGUGCACCGGCUGCUCAGCAUUCAUUUUGACGGCUGGGACAGCGAGUACGACCAGUGGGUGGACUGCGAGUCUCCAGACAUUUAUCCUGUGGGGUGGUGUGAGCUGACGGGUUACCAGCUUCAACCACCUGUUGCUGCAGGGAAAAAGAUACCUGUCAAAACUCGCACCAUCAAGCACACGGUCAAGAAGCCUCCUGGCCCGAAGGGGAAACGCGAGGCGAAAGCUGCCAGCAAAGCCUUGCUGGAGCCGGCCCCCGAUGAGAUCAUUGCCGUGCAGGUGAAAGAAGAAACUAUCGACCCCUCCAUGGAAGAGUAUGGAGUUUCAGAGCUUCCCAUUCCUGUCAGCAGCAUAAAGCAGGAGGUCACAGACUGAACCUGGAGCGCCCCCCAGCUGCCUUCAGCAGCCUGGGCUUCAUCGUGUGGCCCUGUUGGGGCAGGCCCUGACAAAGCGGA